ACGAUACACAUUUGAUAAUAUAUAGUAGAACUAGUUACUAACUAGUAGAAGGAAUUUAGGGUAGGUUAUUUACGCCAAAAGUUGAAAAAGUGAAAACAUUAGAGUUACGUCCCUGAAAACGACUAUUUCCGUAUAUGACUGUCAAUAUGGCAAGUACUAUUAUUGAACCUUUCCCGGUGGAUGGAAUUCUACCAAAAAAAGAAACUGGCGCUACUUCAUUUUUAACCAAAUAUCCCGAAUACGACGGCCGAGGAGUUGUGAUUGCGAUUCUGGAUACAGGUGUAGAUCCAGCUGCUCCAGGUCUAAAGGUCACAACUGAUGGUAAACCAAAAAUAAUUGACUUGGUUGACUGUACAGGAGCUGGCGAUGUUGACACCUCAACUGUAGUCACUGCUACGGAUGGUGUUAUUGUUGGUCUGUCUGGACGUAAGCUAAAUAUUCCUACAACAUGGGUAGUACCAAAUGGCAAGUUCCAUAUUGGCAUAAAAUUGGCUCACGACCUUUACCCAAAGCCACUCAAGGAAAGAGUGGUAGAAGAAAAGAGAGAGAAACUUUGGAACCCUCAACACAGAGAGGCAGUUACCAAUGCAUUGAGAAAUCUGGAGAGUUUUGACAAGGCUCACCCAAGCUGCACAUCUCUUGAAGAUAAAACCCAACGUGAGGACUUACAAGCUAGGGUUGACAUUUUGAAUUCAUUAGACAAAAAAUACCCAGAACUUGGUGCUGUCUAUGACUGUAUUGUUUUCCAUGAUGGUGAGAAAUGGAAAGCUUGUGUUGAUACAUCAGAAAAAGGGGAUUUGCAGAGCUGUACACUUUUGUCAAAUUUCAGGGAAUCUCAUGAAUAUGGUCAACUUAGUCAAGCUGAUAUGUUGACAUAUUCAGUAAAUAUCUAUGAAGAAGGAAAUGUUUUGGAAAUCGUCACUAAUGCAGGGGCCCAUGGAACUCAUGUUGCUUGUAUUGCUGCUGGAUACUUCCCAGACAACAAAGAACUUAACGGCAUUGCCCCUGGAGCUCAAAUCAUUGGCCUUAAGAUAGGAGAUACCAGGCUUGGCUCCAUGGAGACUGGAACAUCACUUGUUAGAGCUAUGAAAUAUAUUAUGGAUCAUAAAGUGGAUCUCAUCAACUACAGCUAUGGUGAGGCAGCCCAAGUUUGCAAUUCAGGGCGUGUCAUCAACCUCAUAACACAAGUAGUCAAUGAAAAAGGAGUCAUUUUUGUAUCCAGCGCUGGAAACAAUGGUCCUGCAAUAUCCACAGUGGGCACCCCAGGAGGGACAACAUCUGCUGUGAUAGCUGUUGGUGCUUAUGUUACACCACAGAUGAUGAUGGCUGGGUACUCAAUGAGGGAGCCACUGCCAGCCAUGCACUACACCUGGUCAUCACGAGGCCCUGCACAUGAUGGUGCCCUUGGUGUCUGUGUCAGUGCCCCAGGUGGGGCUAUUGCCUCUGUGCCUAACUGGACUUUGAGAGGGUGCCAAUUGAUGAAUGGGACUAGUAUGAGCUCUCCCAAUGCUUGUGGGUCUAUAGCAUUAAUCCUGUCUGGGCUUAAGGCAAGCAGAGUUUAUAUUUCACCAUUUAGUGUGCGCAGAGCUUUAGAAAACACAGCAGUUAAACUGGAAGAUGUGGAAGUCUUUGCUGCUGGACAAGGACUAGUACAGGUUGAAAAUGCCUUCAGCUACUGUGUGAAAUAUCAGAAUAGUCCUGGGGAACAUGUGCAAUUAACUACUCAGUGCUCAGGGAACAACAGAGGGAUUUAUCUCAGGGAACUGCCACAAGUUACAAAGCCAACAGAAGUAACUGUGUCAGUGGAACCCUUGUUUCAAGAACAAACUGAUCCACAGACCAAAAUUGACUUUAACAUCAACUUCAGUUUGACAUGUACACAGUCGUGGGUUCAGUUUCCCACAAGUUUCUUACUGAUGAAUGCCAGCAGGACAUUUACUGUCAAAGUUGACCCCAGGGGAUUAGCAGAGGGCAUUCAUUACGCUGAAAUCCGUGCAUUUGAGUCUGAAAAUAUAGAAAGAGGCCCAUUAAUUCGUAUUCCUAUAACAGUUGUAGUUCCAGUCAGUUUCCCAGCCUGUUACAAAUGUCACCUACAGAAUAGCAAAUCAGUCAUGAAGGUGGUCCCAAAUACAGGUUUACGUUUCUUUGAGAAAUGCCUUAGGUCUCCAAAGAUUGUUCCUAGUUCUCAAAAUUUAUGCAACAGGCUGGUAGACUUGACUAAUUACACCAUUUCAACACUUGGUCAGAGUUUUAAACCUGGCCAGAUACUCAGGAGAUUCAUUCAUGUGCCCUUUGGAGCUUCAUAUGCAGUCUUAAAGCUGGUUUCUUUAGAUGCCGAAAAAAGUGGGCGUUUUCUGAUUCAUACAUUACAGAUAUCUCCUCAGACAGCUUACAAAGAUCAUGAGUUUUCCAAAAUUGUAACUCUCUUAGAAAGAGGGGAAGGAAUUUAUGCCUUUUCAGUUUUGGGUGACUGUACAUUAGAACUAUGUGUAGCCAAGUGGUGGGCCAAUCUGGGGGAUGUGACCUUAGAUAUACACUUGUCAUUCUAUGGAGCUCAACUUGACGCCAAGUAUCCUGUUAUGCAUGGGGGAGAGGGCAUUGCCAGAUUUGAUAUUAUUUCACCACUACGAUCAGAAGAUUUAAAUCCAAGUCUUUCUUUGAAAACAGUUGUUUCACCUCUCAGGCCCACAGACUCCAAAAUACGAUGCCUAUCAACUGAGAGAGACCAGCUGAAGGAUGGACGACAAAUACAUGCCAUUGAUCUGACAUACACAUUUCAUUUGCCUAAAGCCACAGAGGUGACACCAGACUGUGCCUUGUUAAGUGAUACACUCUAUACCAGUGAAUAUGAAAGUCAGAUGUGGGUUAUGUACGAUGGGAACAAACAAUACAUUGCUGCUGGGGAUGCCUACCCAAGUCGAUAUGUGGUGAAGCUAGAGAAGAAUGACUUUACAAUCCUACUGCACAUACGCCAUGAGAAGCGAGAUAUGCUGGAGAAACUGAAAGAUCUGGUCCUUCUGGUCAAAAUGAAAUUACACAGUCCCAUCGCCCUUGACCUUUAUUCCAACUGGCAGGCAGCAAUUACAAGUGGCAAAAAGUUGUCUUCUUUCACGCUACAGAAAGGCUCGAGGCAACCUAUAUUUGUUUCUCAGUUGCCAGAAGAUAAAUUGCCUAAAGGCUGUGCACCUGGCUGGUAUUUCACUGGUCAUUUAACUCUUGCCAAAGAUGAGCCUGGUAAGCCAAAGAGUGGCUCCAAGUUCAAGUACUUUGUCUCUGAGCUGCCCAACAAGUCUAAAGUCAACGGCAAGAAGAAGGAGAAGGAGGUCAAGGACAGCACUAAAGACAAGUUCACGUUAGAGAGCAUGACUGAGGCUAUUCGAGAUUUGAAGAUCUCUUGGUUGGCUAAACCACCAGCCACAGCAUCAAAGUCUAUCUUUGAAGAGCUGAAAAAAGAGUUCCCCAAACAUUUGCCAGUGUAUAUAGCCAGGUUGAAUGCAUUAGAGGCUGCCACUGAAUCCUAUACCCGUGCUGAAGAAAGUGUCCUACAGGAGAUGAUCAGUGUGGGGAAAGAGGCUGUACAGUGUAUUGACUCGGAUGCUCUAUUGACUUACUUUGGUAUGAAAACUGACACUAGGCCCGACUCUGCAGCUAUCAAGAGUGACAUGGAAAAGAAAAAGUCCUGGCUGAUUGACAUUCUUGUGAAGAUUGGGUUGGCCCAAGCAGAAAUUGUCCUUCAAAAGUUCUCCGACAGUAUUACUAGUGAGGAUGUGAACCAGACCUUCAGUGAACUCAGUAAAUGGGUGGAUGUCACUGAUAACAAGCAAACAUUUACCUUUGCCUGGCGUCAUGCUGUGGUCCUAUCACAAUAUGGUAGAGCUCUUAAAAUAUUGAUGAAGCAACAAGAUGAACGCCACAGUAAGGAUCUAGAGGAGAAAAUUUUAGAACUCUACAAGAAACUUGAUUGGAAACAUUGCCAGGAGUAUUUAGAGAAGACUGCCUGUAUACGAUAUCCAGCUAGUUACCAACCAUUUUAACUCUUAGACAUUGACAGACAUAAUUAGAUGCACAUUUUACUGAAUGGGCAUUAGAAUUGUCUUAACUGUAAAUUGUAUUGCAAUGUAAACUGCUAUGUACCUCACAAUCUUUCCCUACAUAACAGUUUUUAGACUUUCUUGUUUCUUAUGGCGACAAACACUUUUUUAAUCAAUAAAAUAUUUUCACCAUUUCUACAGAAAUGAUUGCAAUUUGCUGCCCCUAAGUUGUUUAGACUUAAUGUGUACAAAAAUGUGUGUACUUUGUAUAUUGACAAAUUACUCCUGAAUUGGAUAUUAAAUAUUCUAGAUAUGAUGUUACAAAUAACUUUUGUUAUUAAUUUGUCCUAACAAUCAGAUUGUCUUGGGACAUGUUUUGGUAUCACAUUACUAGUUGCAAGCUUGAAACAUUUGUAUAAACUCUACAUUCUUAUGUUUUAUUUUGUUUUCUUAUUAAAGAUAAAACUAUUUA